AAUGGUGGUUGCUGGGCGCACGUGUGUGUUUCGUCAUUGUUCAUUAUUGUGAUAGGUCGCCUCUAAACAUCCCAGACAUCUGUAUCAGUGCGAGAGAUAGUCGGUCAUUGAAUAUUCACCAAGCUGCGCCGCUUCGCAUGGCGGCGAAGUAGGCGCCACCGAUAAUCUUGCGGUUAGCCGCAACUGUUGUCGCAAAAGCACCCGUCAGUGGACAGGCUAGGUCAAACAUCCUCGGCAGCGAAGACAGAGUAAAAAAAAAAAAACCGGAAAGUUGCUUCAGCGGCGGAAAUUUACCAGGAGCCUUUCUAUCUAAGUGCAUCCCAGUCGAUAAAGGUGAACAAUGGCCGUUCACUAGACGCAGAGCCAGCAGGUAUAAAAGUGGUGCUAGCCGAUGGGGGAGCAUCGAUACGUUUUGUGUACGUCUCCUGCCUUAGUGCACCACCGGAGCAAUAGCAAAUAAAAUGAAGCUCACCGGGUCCCUCGUGUUCCUGGGUGUUCUUGUCGGAGCCUAUGGAGCUGUUUUGAACCCCAGGCAUCACCACAACCAAGAUGAAGACUGGGCAAAGAUACACUACCGGAUCUGGGGCGAGAACCCUUGGGACAGACCGGGUAACCCUCCGCCUAUCUUUCCUCCGGACGAUUUCCUGCGGUACUCGCAGAUUGGCCGAUGGUGGAAUCAGGAAAGGCCGUGGGAAAACCCGGCGAGGCCUUGGCGGGCUGCAUUUGCAGACAACAAAGAAGACGAAGCUGACGAAUACCAUCUGUGGGGCAAGUUUCCAUGGGAGCGUCCAGGAAACCCAGCUCCUUUUGUCCCACCUUCCGAUAUGACGACGUUCUCGCAGAUAGGUCGCUGGUGGAAUCUGGACGAGAAUGAAGGAAAUCCUGGAAGGCCACUGAGCCAGUUCCUGUCCGAAAAGAAAGGUGUUUCCCUUUCAGACGAGGAUUCGGUUGAAUACCGUUUGUGGGGAAAGUUUCCAUGGGAACGCCCAGUAAAUCCACCACCUUUCGUGCCACCGCCAGACACUGUGUCAUACUCACAGAUUGGUCGCUGGUGGAAUCAGGAGGAGACUGGCAAAAGCCCUGAAGAGCUUGCAAGGCACCAGGGUGACGAUCGCAGUGAUGAGAAGACUUUGGACCAGAACCCCACGCAGGAUAUUCACGAAGUGCGCCGGAAGUUUGUUCCCUCGUUUCCAUCAAGAGACCAGAAGCUCACCAGGGUGGCCCGCUCGAUAUGGCAGACCAAGCCUUGGGAGAAACCAUGGAACCCACCCCCAUUCCUUCCAGGGCAGUAUCCCCCUCUCCAGUAAGUGGUCCGCCUGUGCUCAAGACCGUGCAUUCGCAUCACGUAAGAAGUAAGGGACGAUUACGUCUGACAGUGCGUGAAGCCAAUCAACGGCUUCAUUCUCCUGACAGCUCGGACCGCUGUUCAAAACGGCUGCUCACCAACAUACGCGCCAUUUCACGAGACUCAUGAAGGAACGUUCGAACAAGAAAUAAAUGUACAUACUCGAUUUUAAUGAAAACUUGAAAAA